CCGGAAGUAAGCGUGCGGCAGCAAGGCGGCGGAUAGAUGGCGACAGGCAGCGAUCGUUUAGCGGGGGCUGGGCUUGUGGCUUUGAGCUCGAUCAUCUUCGUCUAUUACACAGUAUGGGUCAUUUUGCUGCCUUUCAUUGACGGUGAUCAUGUGAUUCACAUCUUCUUCCUGCCCCGGGAAUAUGCUGUGUUGCUGCCUUUGGUGGCUGCUUUAGUCCUGCUUCUUUUAAUUGGGAUCUUUGUGACAUUCAUCACGUGGAAGAGCCGGAGUCCAAAAAAGAAAUCCCAGUGAUGCUUCAGAAUCUCACACCUAAUACUGGUCAUAAAUUCAGGGGCCAUGAAUACUUCUUCUUUCCAUUUGCUUAGAUGUGUUUAUGGGACAUUAUAAAGGUCAAAUCAUCCAGAAAAAUAAAAGUUCUUGUUAGACAACGCUACCACCGAGUGGUAAAGUUCCAGCCGUGCAGAUAUUUGGUGGCUUGCUGACGAAGCUUUUGCUUACUCCAAAGAAGAACAUCAGGCAUGUUUUUCAGUGUGUUGAUAAAUUGCACAGGGGUGCUGAAAUCCUGCCAAGAACUUUUGACCAAUAACACGCCUCAGUAUAUUUUCUGAUAUUUGGCUUUGUAUAAUGCACUUAAUUACUUGUCGCAAAUUCUUUGAGGGGUUUGGAUAGCAGUGGAAUAUGUAAUAUAGAUAUCUGUUCUUUAUAAACUGGAGAAAUAAAAGCAGAACGCUG